AUGAAUAACCUGAUUAAUAAGGUGCGCUCUGGAGACAGUAAACAGAGAACUAGUUUAAGCAACAGCCUCGAUGAUUUAUCACUACCCAUCCAAGACAUUCCAAGCAAUAUAUCAGAAGACAUGUCUUCUGGUCCUUUAAUUCAUUUUUCUAGUCCUAAUACCCGAGAUGUUUUCACACCUGAAAUAAUCAACAACAAAACCAUUAAGAAAAUAGCAGCAACAGUUAACAAAUCAUUCACAAAAUACAAUAGCACAUUUAUAUACACAAUCAUCAACAUCCAAUACAACAAUAUGUUCUAUAAUGAUGAAGUAUCAGUAUAUUCAAAUCACUUGAUUGAAUUUGAACAAAUUGUGUUGGAUAAUUGCACAGUUCUUGAUGCAUCACACAUAAUUCUAUUGGUGACUGAAGAUAAUGUCAUUAAGAGCAACAAGGUUUCCAAUCAAUAA